AGAAAUGCCCACGCAUGACACCGAGAUCACACCUAACACGCAUAUACGCGCAAAGCAAUCAAAACAAACACCAUUGUCACGGCACCAACCGUGCUUAUAUUCGUCUAAAAUAACGACUUUUUUUAAUUAAAAAAAUAAUGACUUUCCAUCCAUCCAUGUCCGAACCCUUUACCUGAAUGUUUCCUAAAAAAAAUUCACCUGAAUAUUCGGACAAUUUCACAUCAGGCUGUACUACUCUCCGUAUCAUUCUCUUCUAUAAAUAGGCAUAGGCGGCGCAUGCUGCUCUAAGUCAACAAGAACAGAAGAUCGACCUACUAGCUGUUCAACGCGUGUGGCUCUCCAGCCAGCAGCUACUAGCUCAGUAGCUCCCAUAAAAAAAACAUCUACUCUGCUAGCUCUUAUCGACUAAAAGAGUCGUUGUAGUAUUAUAUAGAUCGAUCGAUUUAAUUAACUAACAUUAAUGCAGGGCCUCACUAUUAUUAAGCCAUCUCCCAAGCAUCUCAGCAGCUUGUUGGUCGCCGUUGCUGCUGUCAUGCUGGUAUUGCUCGCCGGAGUCGCCCACGGCGGUAGGUGGCUCUUCGCCUCCGGCAGCGAGGACGAGCCGUGCAAGAAGAUGACGGUCUACUACCACGACAUCCUCUACAGCGGCAACAACACCGCCAACGCGACGUCGGCGGCGGUGACCAAGCCGGCGGCGGCGCUGAGCACGGCGCACUCGGCGAAUGGCACCUUCUUCGGCAUGCUGGUGGUGUUCGACGAUCUGGUCACGGAGGAGCAGGCCCUGUGGUCGGAGCCGGUGGCGCGCGCGCAGGGCUUCUACUUCUACGACAAGAAGGAGCAGUACAACGCGUGGAUGGCCUUCUCCCUCGUGUUCAACUCCACGGCGUACACGGGCACCCUCAACCUCAUGGGCGCUGACCUCAUCGCGGAGAGGACGAGGGACAUCUCCGUCGUCGGCGGCACCGGGGACUUCUUUAUGGCGCGUGGCGUCGCCACGCUGCGGACCGACUCCUUCGAGGGCCUCUACUACUUCAGGCUCCAGAUGGACAUCAAGCUCUACGAGUGCUACGUGUAAUAAGCUAAGUGGAUGUUUAGAUUAGAAGUGUUAAUUGGUGGGGUGCCCCUCCAACUUUUUUAGUUCAAAAUUUUGUACUAUUUAUUUAAAAUAAAGGCCUCGUUUGGUUCGCGCGCUA